UUGAACAGGAAUCCUAGCUAAAGAAAUUAAUUUGCCACUGCCUCAAUCAACACAUGGCGCUUGAGUCAAUCUCUCGCUCUUCUGAUUCCAGCAAGCCAUGGCUAAACCUCGAAGGCAAAGUUGUUCUUAUCACCGGCGCUUCCGCCGGCAUUGGCCGUGAGCUUUGCCUUGAUCUCGCGAAGGCCGGCUGCCUCGUUGUUGCCGCCGCACGAAGAGUCGAUCGCCUCAAAUCUCUCUGCGAUGAAAUCAACGGAUGGGGGUCAUCGGCCUCGGCUUCCCCUUCGUGGAUCAGAGCGGUGGCCGUCCAGCUGGAUGUGAACGGAAAGGGGAUGGAGAUUGAGGUAGAAGUAAGGAAGGCGUGGGAGGCGUUCGGAAGGAUUGAUGUGCUGCUGAAUAACGCUGGGAUUAGAGGUAGUGUCAAUUCUCCGCUAGAUUGGACUGAAGAUGAAUGGCAUAACAAUCUUUCGACUAAUUUAACUGGCUCAUGGCUAGUUUCUAAAUAUGUCUGCAAAUUCAUGCGAGAUGCUAAAAUUAGGGGAUCUGUGAUCAACGUGUCGUCCAUUGCUGGAACUGAACGCGGACAAUUGCCUGGAGGCUUGGGUUAUGCUGCUUCAAAAACCGGUCUUAAUGCAAUUACCAAGGUGAUGGCCUUGGAGCUGGGUGCAUAUGGUAUAAGAGUGAAUUCCAUAUCUCCUGGGCUGUUUAAAUCUGAGAUAACUGCAGGACUCAUGCAGAAAAACUGGCUCGAGAGAGUAAUGAAGAAGACGGUACCAUUGAAAACCUACGGAACAGUCGAUCCUGCCCUAACCAUGCUUGUGCGAUAUCUAAUCCAUGACUCCUCGGAGUAUGUGUCAGGCAACAUCUUCAUAGUUGAUGCAGGUGUCACUCUCCCAGGUUAUCCCAUCUUCUCCUCACUUUGAGCUUCAAUACCUUUGUUGCUUUUGUUUCUAGGCAUGGAACUCAGAGCUUUCUCUAUUUACCCAGAUGAGGAAUGAAUAAUUUUCUAAUAAGAUUUGUUGUUAUAUUUGAAUCAUUGAUGGCUUUGGAUCUGAA